AUGUCUGUAUGUCGUCUCGUCAAGUCAAAGCGUUACCGUUGCUACUUCAAGGAGUUUGAGUACAAUCGCAACCAGCUCCACAGAUCAGCCUGCGACCGCACUCGAUUGCACGAGCAACAGCUCGUCCGCUGCAAUCAGCUCCGUGAGGCCUUUUGCUCCGCUUCCAUUCGGUUCCCGAAGAACAUCACUGAUGCGAUUAUGUCGGGCGAUUCGUCCGGCCUAAUUGACCGCACAAUAUUGUCCAGUUUGUCUCGCCUAGUGGAAAAGCUGCAGUUGACCCUGACGGAAACAAUCCGUCUAUGGCGGAACGAGUCGCCAGAAGACCGGCGACCAAACAAGUCCAUGGACCCCACUUGGCUGGACAUUUUACUCCAUGGAUAUCGUCACCGUCACUGUGCCGUUGCCGUAGCCACAUUUGGUGUCUCCCACAACUUCACAGGUCCACGAUCCCCCGACACUGAGCCUGCUCGAAAUCACGCCAGCGCUCGAGACUUCAAUCGUGCACUCUUACGCAGCAUUGGGGACGGGCAGACUCAAGGAACUUAUCUAGUGCUCGAUCUCCCUGUUGCUCUUCGAUGGUCAGCUCUUCGUUUCAGCCCUUUUGGCUGCGUUCCUAAAAAGGACGUCAACCCGACAGAAUGUGCUCGAUUAAUUCACGAUUUAUCGUACCCAGAGGACUCAUCGAUUAACCAUUGCUCGACGCAAUCAAAGCUACCUGAUCUCAACUAUGAGUCCGUGCGGCGCAUUGCCCGUAGGAUCGAAGAGCUCGCGGAGCGGCACCCAACGCUGAAGAUUAAACUACUCAAAGGGGAUGUGAAGACUGCCUUUCGGCUCAUUGCCGUUGCAACCAGCCUUGCUGCUCACUUUGCUGGCUCAAUGGGUGAUCUUGCAGUGAUUGAUCUGGCACUUCCUUUCGACGACCACAUCCUCCUGGAGGUGGACAAAGGAAAUCGUCUCGCACUGGCAGAAGCUGCUCUUCAACUCAGUAUGCUCGCUGUUCUCGGCCCCAACGCCAUCAACGAAAAGAAGUUUUCACCGUGGGCGACCAAUCUCGACGUUCUUGGAUUAUCAUGGGAUACUCAAGAACGGACCAUCUCGAUGCCGCCUGACAAAGUGCAAAAGAGCCUUAACUCGAAUUGCAAAGGCUCUUGA